AUGAAGAAACAUGAAUACUCAGAUGGCCCUGACUACAUACGGCAGAAGUAUAAUGAGCCAAUAGAGGUGAAGGAUGUUCCUGUGGAGAAAAAGGAGAAAUCUCCAACAGGGAGCCCUCAUUUCUACCGGAAGGGCACAACACCCGACCAGUCUCCAUCUUCAAGCCCAGUUCCCAGCCCCACUCCUUCACCUAUUGCUGUAAAAAGUACAAUUUUUAGCAGUAAAAGUCCCGCCGCAGUCACUCCACCAACUGUGACAGCAGGCAUAACAAAGGCAGCCUCAAAACUAUCUCUCAAACGGGAAGUGAGGCAACAGGAGGCUCCUCCAGUUGUCAAACCAGCUGUAACAUCAGCAGGUGGCGGUAAACCUAGCAACGGGCAGAUUCACUCCCAGUACCAUGGUUACUAUGUUAAGGCAGAUGUCAAGAUCCCGCCCCCCGAAGAACCAACUGGUGUGGAGGAUGACCUUCACCCGUCAAGCCUUGCACGCUUGCCACCCCCCGUCAAACCACUUUGGACUUCAGCACCAAAAACCCCACCCACCCCUAUCCCUUCACCCGCUCCACCAAAAGAGAGCACAAAAGCACCAGAGCCCCCCAAGCCAAAAAGACAGGAAUCAACCAGACCAAAGAGCCUUGCAGAAACCAAGAAAGCUAGUAUGGAAAUAGUUCCUGAAAUUGUAGAGGAGGAGUCGGGCCCGAACUCUAUCUUGGUGGCUUUAGUGAUGCUGUUGAAUGUAGGCCUUGCAAUCAUUUUUGUCCAUUUCCUCACCUGACCACAUCUGAACCCAGUGGACUCGCUAACUCUCCAUCAGCCAGAGGGGCCUUCUACAAAAAUGGCACCCCUCAGUAUGGCAGACACGGGCAAAACGGAGGACUGGAAAUAGACGAGUGAAGGUGGAGAAGACGUGUGGGGGUGGGGGUCACACGUGGAGGCGAGAGAGAGGAAAAAUUAGUGAGAAAGAAAGAUGAAACCUCCACUACCGCCACCCCCCAUCCUCUUUGGAUGGACUGAAUGACUGUCUUUGGUGCUGAAGUCCAACUUGAUUGGUCUGGCGAUGAUUUGUGACUCCUCUUAGAGUGCAGUGAAAGCUGAAGCAAGCAGUUACUGGUUUUGAAAAAAGGGCCCCUGAGCUCCCCAACUAUGGAUUCUUUAUCAGGCUUAGCAGUGUGUGUGUGUGUGUGUGUGUGUGUGUGUGUGUGUGUGUGUGUGUGUGUGUGUGUGUGUGUGCGUGCGUGCGUGCGUGCGUGCGUGCGUGCGUACGUGCGUGCGUGCGUGCGUGCGUGUGUGUGUGUGUGUCUGUAGCUCCAUUUCCAUCCAACUGUUCAGAAAAAUGUGGAUAAAUACUCAAAUUUAAAAAAUGGGGGCCGUCCAGAUGAGUUCAAGAGAAUGUGUUUGAGCAUCCAGAAAAACAGAGCGACUUACGGUGUUACUUUGUAAUGAAUGCCAUGUUGGGCGUAGACCAUGCUUUCAAUCAAUUGAACUACCAUCAGAUACUUCCGGAUGGACAAUAUAUAUAUAAUAUAUAUAUAGAACAAAUUGUUGAAAUCAGAAAGCCAAUUUGGAGCUGUAGUACACUUUAAUUGAGCUCUUCACCGGAGCCUUUAUUUCUGAUUCAGUCAACGCUGCCAAACUAGCUUCAGUGAGCAUGGAAAAGUUGUUGCGAUGGAUGAGGAACUUUUGUUCUUCUACUCGUACAUAAGAAUCCACACAAAAGUCUUUGCAUGGAAACCAAGCUGGUAGAUAUCUCAGUGUAUUUCACACGUGUUUGCUUCUGCUUUGUGUGUGUGUGGGCAUGUGUGUGAAUUUUGUGUGCUUGCGUGGGUGUAUGUGUUCCGACUGGGUAUGUUCAGAGAUGCACUUUGAGCUGAUGGAAGCCGACAGCUGCCUUACUAUUUUACAGAGUGACGUGGUGGUGGGUGAGGAGGCCCAGGCAGGAAUGUGAAACGCUCGGCCUGGGAGAGGGGCUCUGUUUCUAUCAGUCUGUCAAUCGAUCUGUUCAUAUCUGUUUUGAUCUGUAUCCGUGGGGCCUGCCUGCUGUUUUAAAUUCAUAUUUAUUUUUCUUCCUAUAUAUAUAUAAAUAAAUAUAUAUAUACAUUCGAAAAUCAGACAAUCAGAGGGGUAUAACAUUUGUAAAAUAUAACCAACCUGAUUUUUUUUAAAGAUUCUCUGCAAUUUUGCAAACCCGAUUACUCCAUGGUGCAUUGAAGAGUCUCUAAUUGGACAGAUGAAAGACUCCUUUUGACAUGGUCUUCCCUAAAUGUUUGUUUAUGUUUAUUUAAUUUAUGUUCCCUCAUUACAUUGCCUCAUUUAAUCCUUAUGAUCAAACAUGGAGAAUGGUAGCUGUAUAUCACCAUAUCGGAUCAGAGGCCCUAUUGUGCUUUGGGGGUUUUCCCUUUCCUGUAGUGUGUUCUAUAGGUGUUUGUGCAUGUACAUGGGCUGCAAAGGAUAACAUCGCUGUGUUCCCAUAGUUUUAGCAGGAUGUGGCCCCAUUAAUGACGCCCUAUUUCAUACAUUAAGAUUCCCCUCCUGUUAUCACGAGGUCCUUAGAUAAAGGGGCACACCAAUACUUGGAAUGUAAAAUUCCCUGUUGGUAUUUGUAGUCUGCUGUGGUUUGAAUCAGGACCGAUGGACGGACAGAUACAUAACAUAUUGAAUUCUUCCUGACACUACAGAGCACAAAGUGGAAUGUGUCCCAUACUUCCAACAUGUCAUCAAGUGCUGCAGCUCAUACUCUUUUUUUGUUUCAUUUUAUUUCCUAUAUCAUACUCCACAGUAUAUUAAAAGUUAUUUUAUCAUUUUAGAAUCAUGUUCAAAUAAUUUUUAGGGAAAUCUUUUUUAAUUGAUGUAAAUGAUUUCUCUUAUGUCAUACAGUUUCUACAGAAUUAGUGUAGGUGCCUCUGUCACUCACAGUGGUUAUUUUGCAGGAUUAACAUUUUAACUAGUGCAAAGACAUAGGAUUUUAAUAACACAGACUCAUAAUAACAAUAUUAAUCAGCCCUUUGAAGAAUGAACUGCUUUCCUUAGGUUUUUUUCCAUUACAGCUUUUAUUCAGCCACAGAGCCCUGAGGCUGAAAACAAAUUAUUUAUUUAUUCAUAUUUUGAUGGGAAAAUAUGCAGCUUUUACCAAUAAAAUAAUGUUUGCUAGCAGAGCUGAAUAAUGAUUAACAGUAGGUGUCUAAUAUUUCAUGUAUUUGUAUCGCUGAUUUGAUCACCUGUUCUGAGUAACAAUUGCCUCAUGAUUCAUUUUCAGAUAUUGUUAAAUAUUCAAUAUAUUACAGCAAGCUAAAAUGUCUACAUGUCUAUACGCUUUAUUUUAUGGGUUUGUAAAUUACUAAAAUGAUGCAUAAAGUUAUAGUUCUUACUCGGGAACUUUUCAUAAAAUAAUUGAUAAAUUAUGGGCUUGAAAUAUCUUGUUUGGAUGUUUUUAUUACUUACAUUUUGCAUUCAGUUAUAACUGUAACAAGAUGCUUUAUUUUGCAUAAUUAAUUGCAUUCACAUUUUUGGUUAAAUUAUUUACAUUUUAUGUUUUUGUCGGAUUAGUGAUAUCAUAACAGUAAUUGUUAUCUCUGGCCAUGCUAUAAUCCUGUAAAUGUAACCGUAGUAGCCGAGAGCGAGGUUAGCUUUCGCUUUUUUUGGCGUCUACAUUUCUCAACAGAAUGGGCCUUGACAUCUUUAUGAGUUAUGGUUUUCAUGUUUUUAAUUUAUUCUAAGCUACUGGUGUGUGAUUGGUGGUUUCAACAUAAAGAGUUUGCCCUUUGAAAUCAUCCACUUCUAACACGCAUGACGCCGCACCGAAAACAUAUUUAUAUAUUUUGAUGAAGAUAAUUUAUUUGAACUCUUAAAUAAGUUUACUCUUGGAGAAAAAUCAUCGUCUUAAAUCUGUUUCCACCCUAAUAACAUUGUGUUGCUGAGUUUAGCAUGCAGAUAUCGGCUGGUUUUGUUUGGUUAGAUUGGACGUCAGAGUAGAAUAUAUUCUGUGUGUGUUUGAUUAGGAUUCAGAGUUUGGUAUGGAUUGCAGAAGGUAAAGACACUGUGGGAAACUUGUUUGCAAAAUGAAGCUUUUAAAACGUUUAAUUUAAAAAGCUCCAUUCCCAUUGUUUGAGAACAUCGGAAACAUGCGUCUUCUUCAUUCCAACACUGGGAAUUUAGUGCGGUCCACCAUCUCCAUUUUUGAUAAUAACACAGAUACUCCGAAUAAUAAAUAGUAAAUAGCUCAAAGUCUAUAAUACACUCGUCAAAAUAAUCUUGAGAGUACAGCUACCACCCUGUACUCAAAGAUCAGCCAAGUGAGAACAAACAUUGAUUUAUUUUAUAUACCAUACAAAUUAGGAGAUAGGAAAUGUGUUACUACAUGCACAUAGCGUCCCCCGUGGCUCUAAAAAAAACAAUUGGAUCUUUUGAAAAUACGUGGAUCCUUGAAAAUAAGUGGAUUUUCUUUUUAAGUAGUUGAUUUGAAUAGCCGAUUAAACAGGCCGUCAAAUUGCGGCGGACCCUCUACAAAAGCAAUACAUUUCCCAUGAGGUCUUAAAUAGUGUUUUUACUAAAUAAGUAAAUCUGUAAAUUUCCUUUUAUAUGUAUUUAAUAUUUAGAUUUUCGGUUCCCAGUUUUAGGGUCUAAGAGAUCCGAGUUGAUAGCUUUUUAUCAAGGCUGGUUUUCACUUUGGAGUGACUUAUCAGCAGGACGAGACACUUUUUAAAAAUAAUGAAUGAAUUUAAAAGCCAUUGAGUGGGAAAUAGCCUAUAGAUUUUACAAAUCACAUAUGUUCAAUUAAAUGUAUUUUAAAGGAUAUUUUAAAGGUCUUCUUUUUCUUUGGAAAAGGGUUACAGUAGAUGGAAGAAACAGAGUUCUGAGAUAAUGUGAAGACAUAGUGAGCAGAUAUGGUGUAGAGUUGUGACUUCUGGUGAAGCUUCUUGAAGAUCGCCUGAACUUACUGGUGGAAAUAAUCAACGUGAUGGUGUAGAGUGGUGCAGUGAUGACGUGUAUUUAUUGAGGCCAACCUGGAAGUUAGCAUCACAAGAACUCACUCAACAAAAAAGAAGGGAAAUUGGAUUUUGGAAAAUGCAGAAACUAGGGUCUUCUGCAAAAACACAUUUAUGAUACACAUUUUGUUCAGCAGGAUAAUUUUCACAUAUAUCCUCAACUUUAUGAUUUUUGAAGCUUAAACGCAAUCGCCAGAAGUGAAAGCUAGGAUAUAAAGGAACUACAUCACCGCCACAUGGCUGCGAGUCACCACUGCUAAGCUAAAAGCAGCUAAUGUUUGGCGUUAUGAUUCUAUGUAGUCUAUUUUAGUAACUUGUUACAGCUCUUUUAAGCUUUUUGAAGCAUAAAUGAAAUUGCCAGAAGUAAAGUGCUAACGUCAGGCUAUAAACCUGCUACAUUGCGGCCGCGUCACCACCGCUAAGCUAAAGGCGGUUUGGUGUGAUGAAGUUUAGUAUUUAGCAACUGCUAACAAGUGUUGUCUUAAUCACACAUAGAAACUUGGGACAUUCAACACUGGGGUAUUUACUGACUUAUUUUAUGUUGAGAAAAAAAAAGCGUUAACUAUGAGAGGAGGGAACUGGAAGUGGUAAAAUGCUAACUCAUGCUCAUUCCUGCACCACUCUAUUAAAUCACAGUUAGCAUAGAAGUCUGAUCUCAAAUCUGCAUUAGACCCACUCUCCAGCAAGAAGCUUAAACAUAUCAUGAUAAUCUUCCAAAUAAUUGUUUUGUUAUCUUUUGCUUUCUUUGCUGGAGUUUGGGAGUUGUUCAGUUUAAAGCCACUAACAUCUUCACUCAGGUCUGAUCUUAAGGAGGUUUGUAUUGUUAGAGAAGGACACAGAAAGAAUGGGCAGAUGAAAUGUUUCUGAGGGGAACAGGGAAGAGAAUGUGACAGUCUCGUUGUAUCGAGAAUGUUUUUGUAGGCUAAACUAUAAUUGGCCCAAAUUUGAAAUUGAACCCGGGUUAUUCGUUGCAUGAUAUCAGUCACUGUGGAGCUGUUUUUAAGCUACUCUGUGAAAUAGGUGUUGACAAAUCAAGGAGGAGCCUUUAAAGUGCGUAUGUGUGUGUAUGGAAUGAACUCGAACAUCUAUUUGUACAUUAUGACCCCGACAGGACAAUCUCUUACAUUUCAUUUUUGUCUCUGUAUAGAUUUUUACAUCACUGUAUAUUGUGUUUGGUUUCUAAGGCGUUCUGAGAGCCUUUUUUCUAACACUGUAUGCCUGUAUUUUGAUUAGUUUGGCUUUGAACGCACCUAUCAUCUCGGCUGCUGCUGGUGAUACGGUGCACACAUUAUUAUUAUUAUUAUUAUCAGUUAUUUUACUUGACAACAUUUGUUUUUGUUUUUUGGCAGUUGUUUCUAUGGAGAUACAUUAAAAAAGAGGGUUUACAUUUUACUUCAUGAGUUUGUGUGUUCUUUGAAACUCACUUCACGAGCGGCAAGGAAUUCAUGAUGACUUUCAUCACGGCGGUGAAAUGUAAAACAUAUUUGUGAUCCCUAUGAUAACAGUGUGACAGUGUCAUGCAAUGACAUAAUGCCAGGGGCAUUCCCUGUUGCUUAAGCCUGCAGCGCUCUAUUCCAUUAGGGAUGCUCGAACUAAAAAAAUAACUCAAGUGUGAAAGUUGGCUCGGCUCUCCGUGACAGGAAUAGUUGUGGUGGCUGACAGCUGCUGGCCUGUCUGGAGACUGCAGCAACACUCAGAGGCUUCAGAGACAGGGAGCUACAAUGAUACCAUGUUGUGAAGGUAAAACACGCACUGUCUGUCUAAUUCUUCUGUUUUCACAGGAAAUGUCAAAUUGCCCACACACCCAAUUGGGAAGCUACAGAGGUUAAAUGGUGCAAGUGACAUUACUUAAUACUUUAUAUGUGAACCAUUCAAUGUCCUUGUUUCAUGCAUGAAUUGGUCAUUCAUGUGAUCUGAUUUUCAUCUAAAUCACAAUGUUAGACAAACACAAUGUGCUCAAGCUUAUAAUACACAAACAUGUAUAAUCUCUUAUUGCUUUAUAUCACACC